AUGAAAGUGAUCCAAGCUAAGAAAAGAAGUUCAGACUGCACUGUGGAGAUGGCUCUCAGAGAUAUGAAGUGUACGGCACUGGUUGGUGAUGUCGAGUACAAUCAUGGAAGUGAUGCCUACAAGGAACUCUGGUCGCGAAUCAGUAAAGUCUAUGGCACCAUCCUCGUCAAUCAGUUAGAGGAAAAUAACUUAGAGGCCCUGAAAAACAUCACUGUCGAAGGAUGGGCAUCUCGAGUAGUGAAGAUCGUUAACAAUCGCAACCUGAAGCACAUUGACGGAUUAUUGCACAUGAAAGUGGAUGGCCCAAGGCCAUGGUUUUGGUUCCAUAACAAUUCAAGAUUUUGCCACACUAUCGAUAUUAGAAAGAAACUUGAAGAGAAGUUACAUAGGCGACUAGAAUGGGAAGAUAAAUGUCGUAAGUUAUCCUCUCAUGAGGCAUCUUGA